AUGAAAAGGACCCAAAUCAGUUCAAAAACUUUAGGAAAAGCCCACAUCUUUAGCAAUCAAAUAAAACCUCAGCUCAUGGUCAAGGAAUACUCCACUAAGGACAAGUUAAUGGAUUACAUGAAUUCCUCCAUGGCCACCGUUGAAGAGCAAGUUGUCCCGAUCGAGCCUGCUCGGAAGAAGCGCACCACCCCCACACACCCUCCGUACUUCGAGAUGAUUAAGGAUGCGAUCGUUACGCUGAAGGACCGGACGGGUUCCAGCCAGCCCGCCAUCGCGAAGUUCAUCGAGGACAAACAGAAGAACCUGCCGGCCAAUUUCAGGAAAGUCCUGCUCCUCCAGCUGAAGAAGCUCGUGGCCAACGACAAACUCGUGAAGGUAAAGAGCUCCUUCAAGCUUCCGACCGCUCGCCCGGCCAAGCCAUCCUCGCCGGCGAAGAAGAAUAUGAAGUCUGUUUCUGUUUCCGCACUAAAAGCUGCCGGCGCCAAGGAGAUGAAGGCAGCUGUCUCCAAACCCAAGCCGAAAGCGAAACCCAAAGCUAAGCCGGCUGCGAAGGCCAAGGCCGUGACAAAGAGGAAGGCGCCCGAAAGCAAGAAGGCUGAGAAGAAGCAGCCGGCCAAGGCGGCGAAGACCUCAACUAAGUCGACUCCGAUAACGCUGGCACAGUCUCGUUCGGAUAACGUUGUGCCUCAGCCAAACAAUCAAGCUGAUACUCUCAGACUGGAAAUGGUAGAGUUUAAGCGCAGGAUGAUUAAUGUCAGAGAGUUAUGGGAUAUGGACGAGAUGUCAGCUCCUGUAGACCCGGAUGACCCUCUUAUGGGCCCUCUUCUGGUCAGAUAUUCGAACGAGAAUGUAGCUCAAUCUGCAUUGCAACACUACAACAACAAACAUGGAACUUGUUUGGAGUUUGUGAGGUGUCUGGACGGGAAAGCAACAGAAUUGGAGGGAAGUGGGUUUGGAAGGUGCUUUAUAGAGAUGCAUGAUCUUUGGAGGCAUUUCAACUUUGAGGCCAGGCGACCGGAUGCUGGUCCCAACGACGAACCACUUCUUUUGUUUGCCGAAGUACGUUCAAGUAUAGAAGGGUUUGAGCUCACUACAUUAUCACUCGUGGGACCUACAGAUGGAGAGUAUGGUUGUCGGCAAUGUCUUUCUUCCAUAAAUCACCCGCGACGUGGAUUUCGUGCUGGUUUUGACGCUACAGUGGAUAGCAAUCCUAAGUUACUGCCUGCAGAUGCUGCUGCUAAAUUGGCUGAAUUCGCUUUACAGGAUUAUAUUGCGAAACAAACCGAGGAAAUAAGCUUGAAGUUUGAAAGGGCUAUUGAAGGCAAUAGUUUUACGAGCACAGGUGUAUUGAUGGAAUUCACCGAAAAGAGGACACGUUGGGUGCAUUUGAACUUUGAGGCAAGGGUGGGCCCCAAGGAGGACGAAGUGCUCCUUUUUUUUGCCGAACUCUAUUUAGAGGAUGGCAGCGAUGAUAAGUAUGUGCUUGCUACAUUAUCACCCGCUGAGGCCACUUGGAUGCAGAAUUGGAUGCAGAAGGAGGAGGUGGACAUAGAUCGUGGAUGUCCUUGCUGCCCGAAAAACAUUUAUCAUCCUUGGCGUAACUUUCGGAUUGAAGCAGAAAUUCUAGAAUCCCUUGUUCCAAACAAACGUGGUGAGACUAUUUUAGCUAUAGAAACAUGGCAUGUGCCAAGGAUUCAAAACAAGAAAGCUAUGAGCAAGAAAGCCAAAACAAAAUUACAAACUUUUAUAUCUAUCGAGAUACCAUGUCAGGGGAUGAGCAUUAUAUGGAGGUGGAUAAUAUUGCUCAUACGAAGCAUGCCUUACCGGAGCUUGAGAUCUAUUGCUAUUUGCUCGUUCAACCAGAGCAUAUGUUAUUUUAACAGUGUCAAUGAUUCUCUCUUUACUCUCAGGCCAAUGCUUGUUCUUCAGCUGAGUAUUGCACGUGUGAAGAACGUCAACAGGAGAACCAUAGAUGUACUGGCAUCAAGGCUAACUCUACUUUCUUUGCACCAAACAGCGACUUUACGUCGUAAUGAGUUGGGGCAGUUCUGUCGAUACCUCUUUUACCUGGGAAAAAUCCGAACAAUUCAGCUAGAGUACACUGAUGCUAAAGAAUCCCUUCUUCAAGCCGCCAGGAAAGCACCUUCUUCGGCUCUCGGUUUUCGAAUACAAUGCAACAAGUGGGCCGUCAUUGCUGUCGGGGUCGGAGAUCUCGAGCUUUUCAAGAAGAUAGCCCACAAAUACACGAGCACUUUUGCGGCCGACCGGACAAACAACUUGAUCGUUCGGCUGAGGCACAACGCAAUUCGAGACGGGGCCAUCGAUGCCAGGCUGGAUCGUGCCAGCGGGUCAAUGGUCUCCAAGGAAACGGGUGACGUUUACUCGACAAGCGAGCCCCAAGCUGUGUUAAAUUCAAGAAUUGCCUUUUGUUUGAACAUGCAUAAUGAGGCCGUUCGGGCCCUGAGAUUCCCGCACAAGGAGAAGGAGAGUGUGGAGAAGAGGAGGGAAAGGCAACAACAGGAGGAGCAGGAGCUUGCGAAGGUUAUAGCUGAGGAAGACGAAGAUGAAUUUGAUGGCGAUUAUGAUAAUCUUAGUUAUGAUUUUCUCUACGUUGGUGCCCGAAAGAUUUCAAUACGUGAAAUAGUUUUAGGCUGGAAAAAUGCUCGUGCUCUACAACGAAAGAUUUCAAAACUUGAAAUGGUUUUAUGCAUAGUUUUAAGCUGGAAAAAUGCUCUUGCUCAACAAUGA